AUGACGUCUCAGCUCGCUUCACAGUUGCAGCAACUGCAGCAGCGCCCGGAUGGGAGCGGCCACCGCCUCGCCAAGUCGUUUCUCUUCAGCACCCAGGACGCGCAAAGCUUCUCGCGCGAGCAAAUCCAUCAGCUGGCGCUGAAUGGCUUGCAAACACUGACAGCAAUGGACAAUCGGUUUCACCCCUUCAUCCAAAAUCUCUUCGACGUCAAGCAUGUGCGCCGAGAGCGCUCAAUGCUGACGACAGCGGAGGAUUCAACGCUGCGCCGCCGCCUAGAGCACUUUCUAUCGCUCCUCAGCCCCCAUUUAUUUCUUACUGCGGCGCAGCAGGUGCUCGAGUUCUUGGUGCGUGUUUACGAGGUACACAUCUACGACGCCGCGUCCGUGCUGCGCGCCUUCCUACCGUACCACGAUCACAACAUCUUCGCCCGUGUACUGCUACUACUGGACCUGCGGGACACUGGCUUCGAUUUUCUCGCCACAAACCAGCUUCACGGUGCACCACUACUGCGGGAGCAUCUCGUGCUGGCGUGCGCCGAGAGUCGCAAAGCCGCCAGACUUCUCUGCCUCACGGUCGCCAUGCCGUUCCGAUAUGGGAUUCGUUUUCAUGCUGCUAACGCACUCUUCGCCAGCGUUGUGACACAGUUGGCGACGCACAAGAACGCUGAGGCACUCUGGCGCACGUUUCUGCCGUUUGUGCUCGAGCUGCUUUCUGGGGCCGUUCCUAGCGCAGAGGCUGGCACUGCGGAGUUGGUGGGUGAAGGGCAGAGCGACAGCGCACGCGGCGGGAGUAACCGCGUAUCGACGGAGUCUGUGGCCACUGCCCUCGUCGUUCUAACUUCCUGGUCCGCCCACGUGCGCUUCUCCAGAGCCAUGCUGAUCACCGUGCUGAAGCCAACCUUUCGCUACAUCACAGCAGCGGCCUUCGCAGCGGCUGGCGAGGCUCCUCAUGGCGCCAGCGCAUCCUACCUGCCGGUGCGCGACCUUCUUGCUCUGCUGGAGAUUGUGCUAGCGACGCAGCACCGUGCGCUGGUAGACGUGUCCUUUGCGCCACUCCUUCAGACGCUAUUGGCACUUCCGUGGCGCACCUUAACCUCGCAGCUACCAUUUUCGGAGGCGACAGAGGUGGUGGCAGGCCCCAACGGUGUGCCGACGACGUCGCCGCGCCACAGUGUUCUUCUUGCCACGCUGCUGCAGACUGCGCUGGAGCGCCUGAGCAGCGCCUCGGAGGUCCGCCUGCUUCCCUCUGACGUCGUUGAAUUCCUGACGUGCGCAGCGGAGGACUUACCUCUCUCCAACUCUAUGGUCGCGCGCUACCUGCGCGUGCUCAUGGCCGCAGAGGCUGGCACAAGCCCAGCAGGUGCUGUGCACGACGGAUCGGCACGGGCUGCGGAGGAGGCAGCCGACAAAUCGCUGUACUACCGCCUUGUAGUGGCACUAGAACGGCGCUAUACUAUCGUCUUUGAUGGUGUGCUCUCAGAAGUGUUUCUACACCCCGAGACGACGACGGCAGCCGCCGCAUUUCUCGCCCGCUACUUCAGCGGCACCCGGUACAGCACGGUCGAAGUGGGGAGUGCGCUCUCCGGGGCUACCGAGUCGCUGCCUCUGUUUGCAUGUUUUCUCCACCCCGUGCCGGAGGUGCGCGCACUGGCUGCCAAGACGCUUCAGGGUAUGUCAAUCACGCAGGUUAUGUGUGGCGCCAGUACGACCAGCGACAAUGGCCAGUCUCUCGUAGAUCUGUUGGCGCACGUCAUCGCUUACGAGCACGACUGCACUGCGGCCGAGGUUUUUGUGGCCACCGCUGCAGCGGUGGUGGAGCGGCUCGCGACUCAGUGGUCCGGGGAGAAGGCAAAAGAGGGCGACGAGCUUGGCUGCCGUGCUGCGUGCCAGCUGGUCCGUUCCCUCUACUCCAUGGUGCUGGCGUGGUCGCCUUCGGAAACCUCAGCAGCACCGGGAAGCGCGGCAUCACGGGCGGCGGCGCAGCGCCGCGUGGUGCUGCCGCUCGUGACAACUUUUCUGCAGCCGGCCCUACUGAUGUGGACGAGAAGUGCCAGCGCCACGACCUCGGCUGCACAGGACUUCCGCACCUCAGUGCUCUACCAUGCGACUCUUCUGUAUGCACAGUGGGCAGGGGCGUCUUUGGCAUCCAUGCAGACACCGGGCGAAGAUGUUGCCCUGGUUGCGCAGGUGGAGAGUGAGCUGGUGACAGCGCUGGAGGCCGGCUGCGGAGGCCCAAGGGCUCUCGCUCCGCUUCUCCGCACCGGAUCUGUAUCUGCCAAGAGGCAGGGUAAGACGACUGCGAGGAACAGCAGUAGCGGCAAGAUGGAGUGGCAGCGGGUUGGCCGCCGCGGUGUCGCCGCAGCCAAGUCUGACUCAGACGUCGAAGAGGAGCAACAGCAAUCGCAGGCAGGUGGUGGUGACUGUAAUGACUCCAGCACUAUCAGGGCACGUACGGUGUGUUUCUCGAACAUCCUUGAGUGCGAUGUCUUACUUAACGCCAUCCGCACCGAGGCGCAGCGGCGCCUGCCCGAUGCCUUCGCCGCCGCGCGCACAGCGGUGUGUGAGGCCUCUGCAGUUCUCUCCAGCGCUGCAUCUGGGGAGGUAGAGGUCGGGAUCGCCCUCGCUGGUGCACUUCUGCCAACGGUUGGAGAAGGAGUGCCCACCGAAGCACUCGAGACGGUGUCUGCCAUCGUGAAUUUCUUGCAUGGCAGCGAUGCAGCAGACGAGACCGCCAUGGUUAGCAGCGCCACCACCGCUGCAGCUGCCGUGGGGUAUCUAGAGGUGGCUUAUGCAGCUUUGCUGGCCAACGGCAGCGGACGACGUGUCGCUCAGGUGGGCCGUGGAGCGGUGGACGUAGCCACAGUAGCGCGUGAGCAGCUGUACCAAGUCCCUCUCGUGGCACAGAUUGGAGCUGUACUGCGCGCGGCGCUCACGCGAGUGCUGGCUACUGCAGCUACGGUAGCCGUAGCUUCCGAAAGCUCCUCAGCGUCGCUCGUGCUUCGGCUUUGCCAAGGUCUCGGUUUCGUCGGUGCUGCACUGCCAAGUAUCGUGGCGCAGCCAGACACGUUGGCACCGGCGUACCUCGAAUUGACCAAAAACAUGACUGCCGUGACGCUAGCUGCAGAGGCGAGAAGCAGUACUGCUGCCGCGUUACGCCAGGUCGACUGGUACGCGCUUGUAGCGGACGCUGUGUUUGGCCCCGCAGAGGAGGCCGACCACGACUCGUGUGUGAGGCCAAAUACCCUCGCUGCCCUCGCACUCGUGCUCUUCCUCCCGCUCCGCGCCUCGUCUACGCAGCGCCUGAUACAGCUGCGCGCGCUGCAGGAAUCGGUGGUCACGACCGGCGCACGGCACGGCAGCACCCGCGGAGGCGCGAGUCGACUGACGGGAGCGCAAGUGAUUCUUGCCGCCGCCAUGCAGCCGCAGCCCCAGAAAGGUACGUCCUCAUCCACCUCGUCGUCGACGUGCUCCGUAACGGCGCUGAGCUGCCUGAUUGAGUGCAUGGCUGUGGAGGAGCGCCAGUAUCAGCUCUCCCCCAGCGCCGCUGCGCUCGUCUGCUUGCUGCUGGCGAUACACAACGGCACAGACGUCAGCGCGCAGGCGUACGUCGUGCCAGCUGAGUGGGCGCAUCGCAUCAUUCGCUACUUCUUCCGCAGCCAUAACAGCCAUGGCGGUGAGCGUGCGCGUACCGGCUCUUCCUCUGCGGUGGCGGCGUCGUCGUCUCCUGUCAUGACACCACAGCAGGUCUCCCUGAUCAAGGCCAUGUUGCCACGUGUUGAGGGAAUUCUUGCCAGCGCUAAGGGCGCUGAUGCAUCUUCGUCCUCGCUCUGUAUCGUCACCGCGGACGCGGCCGACUUAGUCGACGCCGUUUGUGGCUGCCUGCAUAUCUGGGGAGAGGCGAGCACGAAGGACGACGCCGUCGCCGGCAAUGCCUCUGUGAGGCUGGUUGAGCUGCUGUUGAGGCAUCCAUACACACACGUGCACGGUGGCGGCACUCGGCCCGUGUACCGCUACGCGUUGGCUGCCUUGACUGUCGGGCUGAGCUACGGAUUGAAGGGCCGCCAGCCGACUCAGUCGAACAUCUUCAAGGUAGGGAAGUCGGUCUCCACGGCAGCAUCUCGCAAAGGUGAAUACGCAAUCUCAGCUGAGUACCAGCGACUGGUGGCCGCGCGGCUGCAGCCGGUAGUCCUGCAUGCGAUGGACGUCAUUGGGACUGAUGUAGGCCUGGCGUGUAUGGGAACGCUGGGCGGGUACGAGUAUUUCUUCCUGCCUCUCGUUGCCUCCGUCGAGAGCGCGGCGGCCACCGUGGGUGGGCGUCAGCCGGUGUUGUCUAAGGCAGAGGUUGCCCAUGGCCGCACAUCGCCGGUGAUAGGCACUGACCACGAGACCGCAAGUGAGGCUGCUGUCGUGCUGCUAAAGCGUCUGCGCGAGAUGCUCGAGACCCUGGUGCCAUCGACCGCUGCAGCUGUUAGCGAGACACCAUCGGCAAAACAUAAGGGAAUCGUCGAUUGUGCAGCGGAGGGGGAGGAGGGCUCUGCAUCCACUUCGGCAGUGUGCUGGCGACCACCGGCGUCCGCAGCCGUUGCAAACCCUCUCACUUUCGCAGACGCACGGCGUGUACUGCGCCUCCCAUCUGUGUGCGGUGCUGCUGCCGAAGGCACCGGCAGGUGGACUCUAGGUGCCUUGAGUCACGAGAGCCUGGGCCUCCUCCGCACUCUGCUUCGUGUGAUGCCUACAGUCGUUAUGGACGACGAGGAUGACAGCGAGAGCGUCUACGCGUUGGUGAUGGAGUGCCUGGAGCUGUACCCGCUUCAAGGGAUGGAGGUGUUGCUGCGUCGCGCUGCUUCGUCGGCCGUCGCGGAUGACGUGGCGAUGCUGCCGCGCAUCCAGCAGCUGCGUCUCGGUGCUCGUGGCUCGGUGCAAGUCGAAGAGGUGCUGCGGCUUGUAGAAACCCUCGUGCAGGUGUGCACGGAUCAGACUCGACUGCUGUCGGAGAAGGUGACAGACGGCGCCCAUCGCAUCAAGAGCCUUCUGCUGCGCGAGAUGAUGGUGCUGAUGGCGCGUGUACUCGUCGAUGACAACGCGGAGGACGAUGGUGCUGAGAAGGAUGAGGAGGCAUCUGCUACUUCCCCGAAGCGUGCGGCGGUCGAUGCGAACGCGGCAGAGCGGCGCCAAAGUGAACUGCACUUCCAUGUGGACACCAUUGCUGGUCUCCUGCGGGCGACAGCACCCCUUUUGAAGAUGCCGACCGGUGCAGCUGCGGCGGCAGCGACUGCCUGCACAAGCGUGGCGAAAAGCAGCACAUACCUGCACAUCCCGCUCGUUUCGCUCCUCAUAAAGCUGGAGCCGUUCGACAACACAGAGGCGCUCGGAUUCCGCAGCGCUCGAGAGGUGUGCCAGGAAAUCUUGGCAAGCUUUGGGAUACACACGCAAGUGCAGUGCUUGGGUCAGUUGAUGCGCCUUGUUGCCGACCCGGUGAUGCAGCUCCGCUCCGGCGUCAACGCAGAAGGGGAUGGCGGUGCGGUGAAUGGCGAGGAGCACCAGCGAAUGCAGCACCUCCUCCGUCGAAUGGUGAAACCAAAUCAGGUCAUCAACCGACAGGAGACGAUCAUGCAUCUCGUCAACCUGACGAUCAAGUCUGACCUCUUCCUGGAGCCAUUCCUCGCCUUGCAGCUCCACGCCCGCUCCAGCCAACCGAGCCGCGCUGCAAAGAAGCGACUCCAGCAGCAGCAGCAGCAGAGCAAGCAAAAGAGCCCCAGGAUCGAUGGAGAGAAUGAGAAAGAGAGCGACACCGACGGGGACGUUGUGGAGCAGGCUGAGGGCGCGGCGCAGCGCGAGGACGGUGGCUGUAUGGAGCUGCUCGUAAGCGCGCUGGAGCUCUUCGCGCAUUACCACGACCUGCACGAGACGACGCGCCGCAGCGCCGCAUCGGUGGCAGCGGGGGCGGCAGAGGAGGAGGCAUACACAUCCUUGCUGGAGCUGCUUGCAGGCAACACCCUCGCCUGCGUCCUGGCCGGCAUCAAUGAGCCGACGUUUGUGGUUUGCCAGCAGCGGCUGCUCGAGGACAGGCGCGUGGCACUGCGCAAGAUCGGUCUGGAGGUGCUGCUGGAUCGCCUGCAUCACUCCUUGCCGACGCUGGAGAAUGUCGUGUCUGAUGAAGAGGUGGAGGAGCAUCGCCGUCGUCUGCGCGACCCGCGGCAGCGCCUUUCUCUGGUCGAUCUGGUGCGCAUCAAGGCCCGCCCUCUCACGACAAAGCGGUCCAUCCAGCUCUUCCCGCUGCUAGUAGCAGAGAUCAAGACCAGCCUGGCUCAAUUCCACGCGACACUGCAGUCUGCUAGCACCGCCGGCGAGCUGCUCACCAGGGUGCAGCUCGGCGUUGCGGCAGUGGAGGAGCUCAUCCGCAUUGUCAGCAGUGGUGGCAGCCUGCAGUCGGAAAAGACUUUACUCAACGCAAGCCGCAGCAAGCGUGUGACGGGGGCAGCGCUUGUGAAGCUGUUUGGCAACCGCAGCCGCGUCACCGAGGUCCACGAGCUGGUUGACCUGAUCUGCAAUCACUGGAUGCCGUUGCUAACACGCUGCGAAAUGCGACUGCGCUCUCGUACCGGACAACCCGGCGCGGACGGCAGCUCAUACUACUCGACUACUGCGUCCUACUCGAGUGCUGAAGAGAGCGUGCUGGGCUGCAUGACGUGCCUCGUCACGGCGCUGGCGACGAUCGUGCAGGUAAUGGGGACGGCCUUCGCAUCGACGCACUGCCUCAGUUUCCUGCACACGCUUGUGUCCGCCGGUGUGUACCAGGUUGUGGAGAUGCCCGGCGUCGUGUCUUGCGGCGAGGCUGGGAAGCUGCUUCGCCACAGUACCCUCUCCUCGUUGAUUCGCUGCCUCCCUGCAUGCUGGCAGAUGACCCAGCCCUACCUGCCCUCCAUGCUCUUCCUCGCGACGCACCUGAGGAACGUGACAGACGCGGAGUCGCACUAUUUAUGCGCUGAGAUGCUGGCGGUGCUGGAGGCUGUGAUGGAGCCACAGUUGCUGCUGGACGCCGGCACAACAUGUCUGCAGGGCCUCCCGUACCUCAACGGGGCGCUUGUUCCAGCAUCUGAGCAGCAUCAGUUGGCAGACCUUGCUGCCGAGGCAGCUGCAUCGGUCAGCGAGUCAGGGAAAGCGAAGAAGGGCACCAUGCGUGUGAGGCAGAUCCGGGCCCAGGUGCACACACACUCCUUCUCCCUCCUCUUUACCUGCUUCGAGCGCCGCGUCGAGAACAUGCGCAAAGAGGAACUGCUGCACAUGCGCAUGCUCAUGGACGGUGCGACCCCUCAGCAGAAUUUCUGGCUAGCCGCUUUCCAGUCCCUCGCGAGCGCGCCGUCCGUACCGUCGAGCGAGGCGGUGAUGCCAGUGCUGCAGGCCUUCACUGUUUUCGUGCUCAAGUUCCAGGCGAAGCACAGCUCCCGGCUGCUGCGCAUUGUGGCGGACUGGGCUUUUGCGGAGUCGAGUGGCGUCGUGACUGGCGCAUCGCGAAAGCGUGCAGUCGGUCCUGGCGACCCCGACAGCAACGCGGCUGAGGAGGAACACAAUGGCCGCGGCCACGAUGGCGUGGCGCAGUCGAUCUCGCGCGUGACACUGCAGUCCUGGAUCGUCUUUUUUGCCCUCAGCAACCACUUGCUCGGCAAGCUGGGCUCCAUCCUUGACUUCGCCUUCCCCAUCUUCCUCCCCCACACAGUCACUGCUCUGCGGAUGUACUGCGCGACGACGGCAACGGCAUCCAAGGUGAUGGACUCGCUUGUGGCGUUGGUGCUGGAGGGCGCGCUGGAGUGCAUGCGCAACAUGGCACUGGCCCAGACGCCAGGGCCCGAUCACGACUACAGCAUCCAGCUCGACGUGUACUUUGCGAAGGCAGAUGUCUUCCCGAGUGUGAUGCCGGCGUUGGUGCAUCAGCUGCACAAUCUGCACUAUCUGGAGGACAGUCAGCGCGACUACCGCUUUCGCGCAGAGCACAACGUCAUUCCGGCCAUCCGCGCCUUCAUGGCUUGCCUUGGAUCUAGCAAGCUCCAGAGCAAGACCCAGGCCGAGGUGGUACGUGACCUGCGUCACCCCAGCCGCCACGUACGGCGUGAGGCACUCAUCUGUCUCGACGGCAUCUACGCAGACGGUGGUGACGAAUUGGCGUCGCGGCUUAUGGCGGAGAUGCUACCGACUGUCAUCGAGCUCACCGAGGACCGUGACGACGCCGUGGUUGAGGAGGCACGUAAGCUCUGCAACGACCUUUCGCACAUGACUGGGCAAGAUGUUCUGUAUGCGAUGAGCUGA